CACACCCGCGCGCGCACACGCAGAGGCAGCUCGCCUUCCUGCCUGGCUUCCUUCCUGUCUGCUCCGCGCCUGACAGGCCCCUCGCUGCAGCCAGGGGCCGCCCGCACCGGGCCGAGGCCGGGCCGGGCCGGCGGCGAGGGCAGCGGGGCCGCGGGCGGCGGCGGCGGCUCAUGCCCGGCCUGUCCCCGAGCGGGGCGGGCACCGUGACUCGGCUGGGCCCCCAGCGGCGGGCGAUGUGAAGAUGUCAGUGGGCUGUGCCUGUCCUGGUUGUUCCUCAAAGUCAUUCAAGCUGUACUCGCCGAAGGAGCCCCCGAACGGCAACGCCUUCCCUCCUUUCCAUCCCGGCACCAUGCUAGAUCGGGAUGUGGGCCCAACUCCCAUGUACCCGCCUACAUAUCUGGAGCCCGGGAUUGGGAGGCACACACCAUAUGGCAACCAAACUGACUACAGAAUAUUCGAACUUAACAAACGGCUUCAAAACUGGACAGAGGAGUGUGACAAUCUCUGGUGGGAUGCUUUCACAACUGAGUUCUUUGAGGAUGAUGCCAUGUUAACCAUCACUUUCUGCCUGGAGGAUGGACCAAAGAGAUAUACCAUUGGCCGGACCUUGAUCCCACGCUAUUUCCGCAGCAUCUUUGAAGGGGGUGCUACGGAACUGUACUAUGUGCUUAAGCACCCCAAGGAGGCAUUCCACAGCAACUUUGUGUCCCUUGACUGUGACCAAGGCAGCAUGGUGACGCAGCAUGGCAAACCCAUGUUCACCCAGGUGUGUGUGGAGGGCCGGUUGUACCUAGAGUUCAUGUUUGACGACAUGAUGCGGAUAAAGACGUGGCACUUCAGCAUCCGGCAGCACCGAGAGCUCAUCCCCCGCAGCAUCCUUGCCAUGCAUGCCCAGGACCCCCAGAUGUUGGAUCAGCUCUCCAAAAAUAUCACCCGGUGUGGGUUGUCCAAUUCCACUCUCAACUACCUCCGACUCUGUGUGAUACUCGAGCCCAUGCAGGAGCUCAUGUCCCGCCACAAGACCUACAGCCUCAGCCCCCGUGACUGCCUCAAGACCUGCCUUUUCCAGAAGUGGCAGCGCAUGGUAGCACCCCCCGCGGAGCCUGCGCGGCAGCAGCCCAGCAAACGGCGGAAACGAAAGAUGUCAGGGGGCAGCACCAUGAGCUCGGGGGGUGGCAACACCAACAACAGCAACAGCAAGAAGAAAAGCCCAGCCAGCACCUUCGCCCUCUCCAGCCAGGUACCUGAUGUGAUGGUGGUGGGGGAGCCCACCCUGAUGGGCGGGGAGUUCGGGGACGAGGACGAGAGGCUCAUCACCCGGCUGGAGAACACCCAGUUUGACGCGGCCAACGGCAUUGACGACGAGGACAGCUUUAACAACUCCCCCGCCCUGGGCGCCAACAGCCCCUGGAACAGCAAGCCUCCAUCCAGCCAAGAAAGCAAAUCGGAGAACCCCACGUCACAGGCCUCCCAGUAAAGGCCUUUCCAUGGCCACCCAGUGCUCUGCCUGCCUGCCCCACCCCUCGCAGCCCCAGGGAGCAGAAGACAGAAUGAAGAGACUGAGCAUCUAAAAUGGGCAGCCUCCAUCCACCCACUUCAGGGAGGAACUGGACUCGCUGGGGGCAGGUGCCAAGAUUUGCCCCCCAGUGGCCCUGGGCUGGGCCUGGCCUCUGCAGAGCCUUUUUGGGGGAAGGGGGUACUCAUGUGGAUGCCUACAUGGACCCUGGGCCUCUGAGAAAUGUCCUGAUCACCCCCCAGGGCAUUUGCAUCCAUCCUCACCCCAGGUUCUGGGUUCCCAAUCCUCCUGACUUCACCCCCUUCAAGCCUGGGGUUGUCUAUUCCACAGCCCUUAGGGACUUAAAAUUAUGGGGCUUGGUUCAGUGCCCCUUUCCUAAACCUUUCCCUAGGUGGCUGGUAGUAGAGGGGUAAACCUCUGGCUCCUCCCUGCAGCCACCUAUCCCAGCUCCCAAGUUUUUUAAAAAAUAAUAUUAUUAAAAAUGUAAGUUUAAAAAAAAAAGUCACACAUUGUACCCCCUCUUCCCCUUAUUAAAAGUCCAGCUACCUCCCUA